GUUGGAGACACCGAUCUCGGCAGUGAAGAGGAUGACGAAUAUGCACAGCAGGUUGGAAUCGGCCGCAUUAUUGUGCACCCCCAGUACCGGGGAUCGCGAAAAUACUUCGAUCUGGCGUUGAUUCACAUGGCGGAGCCAAUCAAAUAUUCAGGGGCAGUCUGUCGGGCUUGUCUGUGGAGAGAACCUUCGCUACCUCCUGAGCGGAUGGAUGCCAUCGGGUUCGGUAGUACCGGGUUUGGAGAGGGACGCAGUCCGACGUUGAUGAGGGCGGAAGUAGACAAGAUCGAGCUGUCUAGUUGCGCCGAGAGAAUAGUCACAAGUCGGAGGCAAAUGCCGGACGGAUUUCGAGACGAUCAGUUCUGUGCGGUUGGUGACGAUACGGACACCUGCGAGGGUGACUCGGGUGGACCGAUCGGUGUGAAGCGGUUAACUGUGGGAGGCCUUGUAGUUCCGCUGGUGGUGGGCAUCGUGUCCUUCGGAACACCCUGUACCGCAGGAUCAACAGGAGUCUACACCAAGAUUAGUUCUUACAUCGAUUGGAUCGAACAAGAGGUAAACCAAACUCUAUCCUAUGGAGAAUGUUCGAUAGAUUUGAGCUGUUUACGACUCCAAAAUUCGACGACAGUUAAUUUUGCAAAACACAACCCUCUUCAGCGGUUUGGUUUAAUCUGGGACGACACUGCGCCAUCCUUGUACGAAUGUGGUGCUACGCUGAUCGACUACCAGUAUCUACUGACAUCCGCUUCCUGCGUCACAACCAACCGAGGCGGUCCAAAGUAUAUCUCUUAUGAUGGCGAAGAACGUAUCGCCGUGAAAGAUGUUUAUGUGUCCCCGAAGUAUGUUCAAGGACGUCCAGAAAAUGACGUCGCUCUCGUGAAGAUCGCAAAAUUCACCAAUCCAAAGGUACAUCGCCCGUCCUGCCUUUGGAACCGUCGUGCUGACGGCGAAUGGAGCACGUAUCCUGUAGUUAGUGCGUACGGACUAUUGAAACAUUUCCUAUCGGAGUACUCAUCGGAGUUGCUGAACAGAACCAUCUCGAUUAUUCCUAUGGACAGAAAAGAUUGCCAAGCUGAUGGCGGUAGUGAUUUGAUUCGCUGCCAUAAUGAAGUCAACAUGGUACCGCGACUUUGUUCG